UCAAAAGAAUCCACCACACCCUUCACGAUGAGGAAGCUCUACAACCACAAUAAAGGCAAAAUCCAUCCAUCACCGCCGCCCACCACCACCACCGCCGACCACUUAUCUUUGCUACCGGUGGCCAUAGCCGCUCUUGCCGCCGCCCUUGCACCGGAAGACAAAGAAGUCUUGGCAUACCUUCUCUCAUGCUCUCUAACCACCACCACCAACAACAACAAUAAAAACUUCUCCGGCAACACCAAACCCACCAACAAAACUAGCGGCGGAGACGGAGGCGGCGGUGGCGGAAACCAUCCUCCCCAAUUCAAUUGCAACUGCUUUACAUGCUACACCAGUUACUGGGUUCGUUGGGAUGCUUCGCCAAACCGACAAAUGAUUCAUGAAAUUAUCGAUGCUUACGAAGACGGAUUGAUUCAUAACAAAAAGAGUGGGAAGAACAAGAAAGAAAGAAGGAAGAACAAAGUAAUUUCUUCAUCUUCCGCUUCUCCACACCCUCCACCGCCGCUUUCCGCCGCCGAGAAAGUUUCUGACGCGCCACCGCAAGUUGAGGAAAACAAGAUUGAAGAUAAUGAUGCUGAAGAUACAUUGAUGAUGGGGUCAUCAUCAGAGAAAGGAUCAGUAAGAAAAAUCGUAAGUUUCUUAGGAGAAAGGAUUUGGGGUGUUUGGGGAUGAUGAAUUUUUAAUUAUUUAAAAAUUAAAUUUUUGUUUUUUUAAAGAAAAAACAAACCAAUUUUCCCAUUUUUGUAGGUCAAAAAUGGUCCAUUUUUUUGUAAUUUCCCCAGGCAUAUUCUUAUUAUCAUUGGCUUCUGGUCUGCUUUUAUUUGUUCUUGG